AUGGAUCUUGUUGCGGGUGUCCGAAAAGAAGGCAGUCGUGGUGGUCGCGCAGAUUUCAAGUGGGAAGAUGUCAAAGAUGAUGCCCAGCGAGAGAAUUACCUGGGGCAUAGUCUCAUGGCUCCCGUUGGCCGCUGGCAGAAAGGUCGAGAUCUGAACUGGUAUGCCAAAAGCGACCAAUCUCCCGCCGCACAGACCGCCGCUGAAGCACGUAAAGAGGAGAUCCGCCGGAUCAAGGAGGCAGAGCAAGAUGCUCUGAGCGCAGCACUGGGCUACGAGCCCAUACCGAGGGGCAACCCAAAUGAGACACCGCUUGGAAAGAAGGAAGUGGAGAAGGCCAUCCGGGAGACUGCUGAGGGAGACGAGCCAGAGAGUGCAAAGGGGAUAGGCUUCGGCGCUUUCGAGGGUCUACGCAAAGGAAAAGGUGGAGGGGACACGGAGAUGCUGGAAGGCGUAGGAUUCGAGCAGAGCAACGCUACACAGGCCCCGUCAAACGACGGCAUCGAAGAAGUAGAAGUCGGGACAAGAGUCGAGAACGCCGUCACAGCAGGCGUGAAGAUGAGGAUGAGAGAUACAGCCGCAGGAAUAGGUCGAGGGACGGUAGAUCUAGAAGAGACCAUAGGGAUCGAUCAAGAAGCUACGAAGCACAGAGGAGGCACAUACAUCCUGAAGACCGGGGGCGAUUUCGCAGCUAUUCGCCUGAACAUCGGCGAAGAAGACAUGAUUCUAGGGAGCGGUAUGAUGAGCGCAGGAGAUCUACCAAUCGAACUACGUCACAAGAUCUAUCGCAACUUGCUCGUCUCGCCUUCUAACGGGAAGAUCGAGCGCUGGCAUGUCAAGCAAACAGACUCUGCCUUCAGGGUCUCUAAGAAAUUUCAAGGCAUCCUGGAAGUCAACCGUCAAAUCCGGAAGGAGGCUCUGUACGUCUUCUAUUACGAAAGCAUCUUUGAGUUAUAUUGGUCUGGCUGGGUCAAGGCUCAGCAACCUAUUAGCGACCGUAGUUUCAAGGACCGUAUGAGAGCCUCACGCACUAUAGAUUUUAGGCGGAUCAGAAAGCUCCACGUUAUUCCAUCUCGUGGAUCACCAAAUCCUUUGGACAAAUAUGAGUUGGUGAAAGAAUAUCAUUGCUUGAACAGCAUGAUAUCCGCUGUACAACUUGCACUCUCGGCAAAUCAUCAGUUGGAAUAUCUCCUGGUGGAAUCAUUAGCACUCGAGUUCGAUCAGGAAGGUGUCGCUACUAUGAAAAACCAGCGAAAAUGGAAGGUCUGGCCUUUGCAACGACCAACAACAGAUUCGCUGAACUCUCUCCGUGCCCUCAAGAAUGUGCCUCAUGUUUACUUUCAUGCGUAUAACAAAGUCCAAUGGCCAUUUCUCAGAGCCCUCGAACGCAGCAUGGCAGAGAACGACGUUCCACUAAAAGACGCGACAGAAUCCAAUGAGGUGGACCCGGAGGAUGCCAAUAACAGCGGUAAAAGAGAUCUGCUCUACAAAACUUUCAGAUGCAAGCCCUUGUAUGAAGAAGACAUUCUUUCGCAAUUCAGGACGCGUUGA